AUGGGCAGUAUCAUGCCCGCAUUCUUCGACGAACUCAUAUCCGCAAGUCGGCCAUCCCUACGCAAACACCAACUCGUCGUCGACAUCCUCACUUCUAUGGAGAUAGUCAGCCUAAUAGCGCACAUGAAACACCUCUUUGAAUUAAGAAGACAAAAUCCCCCACCCGGGUACAGCGAACUAUGGUACACAGCUGGAUCUCUGAUAUUCCAGGCCACAGCACGCAUUGGCGUUACCAUCCUCCAGUGCAUCACCCGCGUACCCGAUCCCGCACCUUUCGUGGCUGCCUUCAUGUGUUCACUUCUGGCGAUGCUUUGGUCUGCAUUUAUUCUUUUAUUGGCAGAGUAUGAGGGUGCGGAGAGUGCAGGCGCGGAAGGAGAGGCAGGCUAUGUGGGCACAUCUUGA